CGUCUGGGCAGCCAGGGGAAAGCGCCUUUGGCCUGGCUGCUUGCCAUAUUGCAUUGAAUGGGUGCCCUUGCUUCCUCUCGGCUGCCCUCGAUGCUGUGCUGUUGCCUCGCCCAGCAAGCUGCUUGCAAAUCCACUGUUCGUUCAGCGAUCAGCUCACUCAGUGGGAACACAUGUGCAAGUUCGACACUCUUAUAUCUUUGUUUGUGUCUGGCUGCAGAUAUGCACGCCAUCCCACAAGUCGACCACCUCCUCGUGCUCUGGCCUCGUUCUGCUGGUCAAGCCCUGAUCGGUCUCCAGCCUUGCCAGUCCAUCUGGCUCCGCUGUUGACGAUUGUUGAUGCGGAUGCUGAGUGCCUCGGCGCUCCCGAACCAGUGGCUGGAUUACUGCUUCCGAUGCCCGGCUCCUGUUCAAUUGUGCGUUCGUCUUCACGGCCAGACACUGGCCAUCAAAACCCCAGGGUCCCUGGCACCUCGCUCUCUCUGUCGAGAUACUCGAGUGCCCAUACAUCGCACUCGAGUCGCCAGGUCUGGUCUCCAUCCAGCGAGAAUCCACAUCGAGUCCCGCACCAUCUGUUCCAACCCAGCUCACAGGCCCUUUGCCGUCGUCCAGCUGAUCUGCAGAGUUCCACUUGGCUGCUGCCCCUGCCGACCGCACAACCACGACAUGCAGACCCGGCCAAGGCCGGUCGGCUGAUGUUUCCGAUUUGGCUGGUGCUGCGCAUCGUAUCGCUAUCUCAUCUCGUUUGUCUCCGCCAGAUCGUCUGCCGCGAUCCCUCUUCCUCCGCCCGUCCUGCUCUUUGCCUGCUGGUCCAGCAUUCCCGUCCCCGCCGCAAGAACAAUGUCGCUCGUCUCUGUCCAGAUCCAAACAGUGCUCGCCCGUCGCCAGCCGCAUCCCCGCAGCCUGCGUCUCGCACGCUUCUCGACCUCCCAGCGAUAUGGCGCCGCCCAUCCUCAGACCCUCGUCGAGAAGAUCGUCCAGACCUACACGGUCGAUGCUUUUUUUUUUUUUGUUUUGAUAGUUGUAUAUUCAGGAAUAUUCAACAUGCCAUCAGUAUCGCAGGAUACCCGGCAGUGGGUGACCAAGCUCGCUCAUACACCCCUGUUGCGGCCUUCGCCGACUCUCCAGCCCACACGGCGAGCCAUGCGGGUGAACACUAAUUCUAGUAACUCCCACAGGGAGUCGCACGUUUCCAGGUCCCUCUCAGGGAUGUCGGGGGUUGGUUUAUCCAAGUCUCCCUCUAGUAUCAACUCGAACCCACUCCAGGGUUUGCUGUGCGGUGUUGGGUCUUGACUUGCCCUCAAGGGAGUGUGAGUUUGUCUGUGGGAGGG